AUGAAGCAGGUACGCCUACAGAAGAGACCGAACCAAGCAGCGAGGAAACAGCAGCAAGCCGAGACGCAGCAACUAUUUGAUCGUCCACAAACGGACGAGGUUUCUAAGCAAGCUCACCAUAUUCCGAAUCAAGGGCGUGCACAAAUUCAAAACGGACACAGGCAAUUUCCACCGCCAGCCAAUCUUCUCCCUCAGUCCGGUAAUUACAGCAACAAUGUUCCCCCUCAUCUUCGUGGGCAACAGUAUGCUAUCGUACCCUCUACGACACCAAUCCACCCAUCUCACCUGCCUGCUCACCACCGGCAAUUAUUUGAUCCUUAUGCCAAUGUGGGUCUUAAUCAGCGGCCGUUCCCAAACGGUAUGCAGCGAGGUCAACCACAACAACCGUUUGCUGCAAUUCAGGACCAGAAUGAGUACAUGGAGUUCAUUGCGCGCAAUGAGGUCUCCAGGGUGGAGAUGGGCGCUGAUGAAUUCGAAGACAAGCAUCGGCUCAAGCAAAGGCUGGAGGUCCUUUGCCGUCAAGCGAUUUCAGAGCAUGAGCGAAACGUGGACCCAUCCUUUGACAUGGGCAGCGUCAAACUCGAGACUUUCGGCAGCCUGGCUACGACCUUUGCAACUAGGGACUCAGACAUGGACCUGGCUAUCCUGUCUCCUAACUCCGAGACCAGUUCAUCAAGCAUCGAAUCUCCACUUCCUCGGGUUGUCGAACAGAUACUGCUUGACUCCGGCUAUGGGGCGCGCUUGCUGACUAGAACACGCGUUCCUAUCAUCAAGUUUUGCGAAGAGCCAACCCCUGAACUUGCACAAAAUCUGCAAAGGGAAAGAGAAAAAUGGGAAGAAGAAAUGGCUGCGCAGCCAAAGAAAAGAAAGAAGAAGUCUAGGACGAAGUCAAAGGCUGAUCCAAAGAAAUCAUCAUCAGGCAGUGCUCCAGAGGAUGAAGUCAGACCUGACCCAACGUUUCCGCAAAAUCGACCUAACACAACAAGUGAGAGCGAAGAAUUUGACGAAGGCAGUGAGACCGACUCAGACGAUGAGCUAAAUGAAGUUGCAAACGAGCAAAAUGAUAAGGUACUUUCUGAGGAGUCACUUACGAUGACGGCUUCAUCAACCAGUGAGGGUAGUCCAGAGACGGAGAAGCAGAAAGUGAACAGUAAUCCUCAGCAAACCGAAGCAACAGACACUACUUCACAAAUCAAGUCGGAUCUAGAGGCUGACGAUCCUAAUCUUGCCUCAAAAUCCGACGAAGAGCGCAUUAGACUGUACGAGCUAGCCAUUAAAGAAGAGUGGUAUGAGCCAAAGGAGCGAGGCAUCAUUUUCAACUUCACCCAAUGCGUCAAAAGGCAAGCUUCACCCGAGGCACUCAAUUCAGCUCGUGAAGCCCUUCAAACGCUUCCAAACAUCCUUCGCCGCUACAGAGAACGUACCCCCAGCAAACUCGAUUACCCCAAAUCCGGCGUUGGGCUUCAGUGCGAUAUCAACUUCUCCAACACCCUCGGCAUCCACAACUCCGCUCUGCUGCGCUGCUACUCAAUCUGCGACCCUCGCGUAAAGCCCAUGGUCCUCUUCAUAAAGUCUUGGGCCAAGAAGCGCAAAAUUAAUUGCGCCUACGAAGGCACACUCUCCUCCUACGGCUACGUCCUAAUGGUGCUCCACUACCUCCUCAAUAUCGCCGACCCUCCCGUCCUCCACAACUUACAGCAUGUCCCGGACAUCCAGAACGACCCCAUCUCUCUCUCAACACCCACCGUAAAUGGCUACAACACGCUCUUCUUUCGCAACGAGGCCCACCUCUCCGACCUUGCCGCCCGCAACCAAAUGACUACCAACACCGCCCCCCUCGGCGCCCUCCUCCGCGGUUUCUUCACCUACUUCGGCACCAACGGCUUUCACAACUUCCAAUGGACCACCCACGCGCUCUCCCUCCGCACUCCAGGCGGCUUAAUUCCCAAGACCACCAAAGGCUGGAUCGCUGCAAAAACCGAGGUCGUAGACGCCUCCUCGCACGCCACCAACGGCAAAGCCGAGAAAGUUGAGAAGAAAGAGAUACGACAGCGAUAUCUCGUCGCCAUCGAGGACCCCUUCGAAACCGAUCAUAAUGUGGGUCGGACGGUAAGCCAUGAGGGCAUCUGCGCGAUCAGAGACGAGAUGAGGCGCGCGCAUUGGCUUGUCUCGCAUGCGGGUGUGGGCAGGGAUGGGAAGCCGGAGAAUAUUGUGGCGGAGGCGGAGGCGAGGGGCAAUUUGCAGUAUAGAUUCUUUGGGCCGAGGCCGAGGCCGGGAAGGGGAAAUGCCACGACGAAGAAUGAUGGGACGAAGGGGACGCAGGAGGGGAAGAGAGCUGGGGGGAAGAACGAGGGGGUGAAAGGGCAGAGAAAGGAUUCGAAGCCCGAGGUGAGGGUUAAGUUGCCGGGUGUUGUGCAGGCGGUCGGAGCGAAGGGGAAAACGCAGGGUGGACAUGGAGAGGGGAAGAAAGCAUAG